CUGGGACGAUCCAGUGAGAUGACGCACUACGUAACGCCGUCUGUAGGGGGAUGAUGAUGCUGACCGCUCCUUUCUCCUCCGGGCCCCGGAGCCCGCGCCUGCCCGCCUGCGGGAGGACAAGGAGCCCCCGCCCUUCCCGGUGCGGAGCCUUCCCUGACGGAACAACAACAGUUGUAGCUGUCGCGCACAGAAUUGUUUGUUUUCAUUUUUUCCCCUUUAGGGAGGACUCGCUGCUAAUCAUUUACCAGCAGGCCCCACGUAGUUAGUAAACGUGAUUCGAACCGCAGACUUGAGUCUGACUCCAACAGCGACAUAGUUUCCACUGCUCCGGGAGGGAGAGCGAGUUGCCGCGGUGCCUGCUGGGAGUUGUAGUCAGGUUUCAAGGAGCUCCCCGAGGGUUUCUGGGAGUUGUAGUCUUGAGCGGCCAUUUCCGGGCCUCGUUUCCUCGUGGUUGGGCCGGCUUGCCUGGUUGGCGGGUCUUUUGGAGGUGGGGGAGGUCUCCGCCUGAACCGCCCGAGAUGCCCGUGCCCCGGUGCUCCGGGCCCUGUGGGGGGGCCCGGCCGGCCGCUCUGCGGAGGCCCCGGACUGGCGGAGCCGUCUGCCGCUCCUGCUUCUGCAGCGCCUUCGAGGCCGAGGUGCUGAGCACGUUGCAGACGGGCCGCCUGCUGCCGCCGGGGGCCGUCGUGGCCGUGGGCGCGUCGGGCGGCAAGGACUCCACGGUGCUGGCGCACGUGCUGCAGGUGCUGGACUCGCGCCACGCGCUGGGCCUGGACCUGCGGCUCGUGGCCGUGGACGAGGGCAUAGGCGGCUACCGGGACGCGGCGCUGGCGGCCGUGCGACGCCAGGCCGCGCGCUGGCAGCUGCCGCUCACCGUGGUCGCCUACGCCGAUCUCUUCGGGGGCUGGACCAUGGACGAGGUGGCCCGGCGCGCCGCCCAGGAGCCGGGCCGGGCCCGGGCCUGCUGCACCUUCUGCGGAGUCCUGCGGAGGCGGGCGCUGGAGGAGGGGGCCCAGCGAGUGGGGGCCACGCACAUCGUCACAGGGCACAACGCAGAUGACAUGGCAGAAACGGUGCUCAUGAACUUCCUCCGUGGGGACGCAGGCCGGCUGGCUCGAGGGGGGACGCUGGGCUCCCCCGGGGAGGGGGGCGCCCUGCCCCGCUGCCGCCCCCUCCAGUUUGCAUCCCAGAAGGAGAUCGUGCUGUACGCCCACUUCCAGGAGCUGGACUACUUCUCGGAAGAGUGCGUCUAUGCACCCGAGGCCUUCCGAGGCCACGUCCGGGACUUGCUCAAGGCCCUGGAGGCCGCCAGGCCUUCCGUUGUGCUGGACCUGGUGCAUUCCGCUGAGCGCCUGGCCCUGGCCCCUGCUGCCCGGCCCCCACCCCCCGGCGCCUGCACCCGCUGUGGGGCCCUGGCCAGCCGCUCCUUGUGCCAAGCCUGUGCCUUACUUGAUGGUCUCAACCGGGGCCGGCCCCGUCUGGCCAUUGGCAAGGGCCGAAAGGGGUUGGGGGAGGAAGGGGAGAGAGAGGGUUGCACUUCUAAGACUAGGGGACGGCCCACCCUGGCUGGGGCCAUCCAGGCCUUUUAGAGCACAAGGCAGAGAAAUCCUGGGACCUCCUCGAGUGGUAAUGGUGGGUUCCAAUGUCCCUCCUGAGGCUCUGCAUUGAAAGCCUAGAUCACACUUGGAGUUCUGGGCUCUUUCCCAGGUUUUAGGCCUCUUCUGGACUGAGGACUCUAGAUCCUUCAGCUGGAGCCUGGAGUCCUCUGGAAGAUUGUGUUUUGCAUGGGGUUCUAGGUCUCUCAUAGCUUUCCACGGGGUUUGGAGUUCUUGGUGGGAUUCUAGAUCUCCUAGGGAAGGGAUCCGAUAUGACGAAUUGAAAUAAAGCAAACAAGUCCUCCAUUGAGAAGGAUCUGAGCAGGACGGGACUUGAAGAUUGUCUGUCUCCUGGAUGGGACUGAUGGGGAGAAGCAAAAGGCUCUUGGGUAGGAUCCGAGAAGGCUGGAUACAUGGGAGUCUUAAAGUGAAGAGAGGGGAGGGGGCUUGGAGGAUUUGGGAACCAGACUCGGGGGGACAGAGAAAAACAGCAGGGGAGAGUUGGGAAAGGCCCAGGGGACACCUGGCUCUGGGGACUCACCCCCUACCUCCCCCAUAACCACAGAAAGGAGAGCAAAAAUUUGGACUUCUGGCUUCUUGGAAAACUGUUCAUUCUCAACCGGCCUCAGUCUGUGUAAGUUUCCACCCCAACCUUCAAGGCCGGCUUAGCACCUCCCUUCUCCCCAAGCUUCUUUUGACCACCCCAGCCUUCAAGGCUCUCUCUCCCUUUGCUGAAUCACGUUUCCUCCAGGGCCAAGUCCACUUUCUUCCAGGGAACUCUCCUUUGACCAACUGACCCACAGCACUUUCGCUGAACAAGUCUCCCAGAAGUCCCUGGUCCUCGGCUGCACUCAAAUAACCCCCUCAUUCCUCAGCCCACAGAGAUCAGAGGUUUAGGAAGGGACCUUAGGGGCCAUCUAGCCCAACCCCCUCAGUUUAUAGACAAAAGAAGAUUGGGGCCCUAAGAAUAGUGAAUCCCCUUCAAAGAUCCCACAGGUAGAAUGAGGGCAGAGCUAGAAUUCACACUGAAGUGUUCUUAUUCCAGAGCCUUCAAGGCUGCCUUAGUUCACAGGGCCCUGUCUGUCAGUGGGCCAGAACUCAGCUGUGAACUCUCCUGGGGUCUUUGGGUCUGAGUUGUGGGCUCACGAGUACCCCUCUUGUUUAUUUAAAUUUUAAAUACAAAAAGAAAAAGUUGCCAUGUGCACAGCGGAACACGAGAGCAUUGAAAAUAUAAACCAAUCAGUUUCCAUUUCAAGAAAACCUAUAUGAUAAAUACACAUUGUGUCUAGAGCUGUGAUCCUUGCUUCCUUGUAGGAUUUCUUUUGGUCUUUGCCAUUCCCUUUUUACUUUAUUCUCCCCCCACCAAGAAGGCUACAAGUAAAUGUAGAUACAUUUACACACACACAUCUAUAAUCAUCCCCAUACAUACACAUAUACACUUAGGGAAGGCUGUAUUAGACUUGUUUGUCCUUCUUUGAAGGUGGCUAACAUCCUUAAGUCCAAGUCUUUCUCUGUUUUUUAAGUCCCUGUGCCACAGCAAUGUCCCAACCUUAUCUUCUCACAUAAUUUUAACUAGUCUAAAACAAUAUCCAUGACUAUGGCUGGUGUAUAACGUAGUUCCCUUAUUUUUUGUCUUCUGAUUAAAUCAAUUUUCCCUUUGUUUUGUCUGAAAUCAACGAUUGCUACCCCUGCUUUUUAAAUAAAUUGUGUUCCUGAUCGUUA